UUGUAUCACCUUGUAGACUCGGCAUUACGUUUUUCCUGAUACUUCCGCUGACACGGAUACGCCUGAGUAGUCGAGCCUAUUCGAAACCACCCAUACACAGCUGCUCACUUUGGGGCGUAGGCCUACACGAGUCACGACUGGAUAAAUAGCCGGGAUUUUUAAUCGCCUUCUAAAAUUAGCAAAUUCGCCAUGGAUGGACGAGUCGAUAUGGAGCUCGCCUAUAACAGACAGGCGCCGAGUCGAAGUGAAAUUAAUUGUAAACUUUGCAUCUCCAUCACUGCAUCUGUGGUCAUUUCUACAUUUACGUGCACCUUGGUGGUCUUUCACAUAUUGGGUAAACAGCCAACGGUAUCUCCUGCAAAAGAAGCAACAGGCUACCAGAAGCUGCAGGGGGGGCUCACACAAAAAACCAAACCUCAUGCUCACCUAGGCGCAGAUCCAACAGGCAAGAAAAAUGGAUUCCUUAGUUGGCGGAAUAGAUCCAAAGACGACCUCAACAUGGAGUACAAUCACAGCGAACAGAGCCUGGUCAUCCCCGAAAAUGGCUUUUACGUCAUCUACCUGCAGAUAUCCUACCGUGGGAUAAAAAAGUCCUGCGAGAAAAACGUGCUCCUGAUGCACGACGUGAUCAAGCGGAGUCCGAGAUACAACAAUGAACCUAGGACAGUCAUCUCUUCCUUAGAGACUGUGCCGAGAAAUGUGUGUGGCGAGGAAUGGCGUAAAACCACACACAGCACGGCCAGGAUAUUUUUAUACAAGGAAGAUAGCCUCAAGGUGAAUCUGAUCUCUAACCACAGCCUGGUCGAUAUGUAUGGCAUAUAUGGGACAAAAACAUUCUGGGGAGUGUACCUCGACAGGGACCUCAAUUAAAUGUCAUUUUGUACAGUGCAGGGUGUAUUGAGUUGAAAUGUACAUUAUGCAAAUUUGCAACAAUAUAAAUGUUGAUGUACUGUAUGGAGACCACAGAUGUGCCAAAUGAAGAUGGUGUACUGUGGUUGCCUGAAUGUAUGCUGUGGGUUUGGUGUUUGUCAAUCGGGUAGUCUUUCUGUAUCAGUGAUACCGUUAAAUGUUAACAGCAACUAUCUAGACUAACUACCUAACUCAGUGGUUCUUACACGGGGGUCGGG